CUCACACUGAGCUGAUGAGAGUUCCCCUAUCUUGCAGAGCCAGUUCCUCCAUCUGAGAUAGAGACUUGUUUAUGCUAGCAGGACUGCAGCGGGGCUCUGUGUGGACAGAUACAGAACUCCUUACAUCAUUCGAUCUUUCUACAGCCCCUUCACAUCUUGAGGUGCAACUGUUGGAAGGAUCAAAUAGAAACUUCUUUAAUGUGGUGAAGGGACUGUCACAACGAAAGUGACAGCGGGAGAGAGAGAGAGAGAGAGAGAUAGAGGGAGAGAUAGAGGGAGAGAGAGAGAGACAGCACUUUUGAGUGACACAACUUUUUCUUCAGUGGUGAUUUUGGGGGUGACUGUUCUUCUCGCCGUGGCGGUUGUGGAUCAGAUUCCCCUGCGGAGGUUCAGGCACUUCGGAGAAGGGAUGGACUAGGAUCUCCCAUGGAGGAGUAGGAGGAGAAUGACCCUGUGGUCCUGCCAGAGAGGAGCAGAGGCAGCUGACACUGAGAACCUGCUGAGGAGGAGGCGCAUAGACGAGGAAAACCUUCACAGGAGCCGAGAGAGACAAGUCACAAUGAACAAGUCAAAGAGGAAGUCUCGCGGGGACAUCACCGGUGGCGUGGGAGGAGGUGUGAGGAAUAGAAGGUCGGUCCAGAGAAGAAUGACUUGUCCCAGUUUCCAGGACAUAUCCAAGGCCCUGCAGAACCCCGUGCCCAGCCCCCAGAACCGGGCUGCCAGCCUGGACGAACUCAUCCUCAGAUGCCUGCACUGCUUCGACUCUGAUGGAAAGCUAGCACGGGGGUCUCAGCUGGUUCAUAUGACCCUGAUGAUGCACAGCUGGGUUGUUCCCUCACAGAUCUUCGCCCAAAAACUCCUUGCACUCUAUAAAGACUGUCCGCCGGAGAAGAGAGGUCUGCGAAGGCCCCAGGUGUGUCACCUCAUCAGACAGUGGAUCAGUAGGUUUCCAGCAGUGUUCGAGGCCGACCCGCAGCUGGAACAGAUGAUGUCCGACCUGUGGACUUUGGUGCGCUCUGAGACUCAGGAUAUUAUAGACACGUCCUACCUUUAUGACGCCAUCCCUCCCUGUCUGUUUGAGUACGCCUCCUGUCACAGAGGAAAAUGUUCUUGCACAUUUGAGACCUUCGCGCAAAUAAGCUCAGUGAUCCCAGUCUCCCAGGCCCCUUCGCCGUCUGUGAAGAAGAGGAAGGUCUCAUUGUUGUUUGACCACAUGGAGCCAGAUGAGAUGGCUGAACAUCUUUCCUACUUGGAGUUCAAAAACUUCUGCAAUGUCUCGUUCCUGGACUACCGCAGCUACGUGGUGCGCGGCUCGGUGCGAGACAACCCGGCCCUGGAGCGUAGCGUCAUGAUGUGCAACGGCGUGUCCCAGUGGGUCCAGCUGAUGAUCCUCAGUCGCCACACGGCCCAGCAGAGGGCCCAGGUGUUCACCAAGUUCAUACACGUGGCUCAGAGGCUGCAUGCGCUGCAGAACUUCAACACCCUGAUGGCGGUGACGGGAGGUCUGUGUCACAGUUCCAUCUCACGUCUGAAGGACACCGCCAGCCUGUUGCCUCCGGAUGUCACCAAGGCCCUCAGCGAGAUGACGGAGCUACUGUCGUCUUCCAGUAACUAUAGCAACUACAGGCGGGUGUAUAGUGAGUGCAUCGGUUUCAAGGUGCCCAUCCUGGGGGUCCACCUGAAGGACCUGAUCUCCCUGAAUGAGGCGUUGCCAGACUACCUGGAGGAGCAGAAGAUCAACCUGGGGAAGCUCCAGCACCUGUACUCCAACAUCUCGGACCUGCUGGCUCUGCAUUCGUACACCCCUCCCUUUGAGGCCAACAAAGACCUGCUGCACCUGCUCACGCUGUCUUUGGAUCUGUACUAUACCGAGGAUGAGAUCUAUGAGCUGUCCUACACCAAGGAGCCCAAAAACCUUAAGAUACAGCCGGUUACCCCUGUCAAGCCUCCGGUGGUGGCUGAGUGGGGCUCAGGUGUGACGCCCAGGCUGGACCCGGACACCAUCUCUAAACACGUCAAGCAGAUGGUGGACUCCAUCAUGAAGAACUACGACCUAAACCAAGACGGCUACAUCUCCCUGGAAGACUUUGAGAAGAUAGCAGCCAACUUUCCCUUCUCAUUCUGCAACAAUGAAAGUGACAGGGAGGGGGAGAUCAGUCGUGAACAGAUCAGUUCCUACUUCAUGAGGGGCAUGUCAGUCUGUGCCAAACUGGGCUACAACUUCAAGAACGUCCACAACUUCCAGGAGACGACGUACAAGCGGCCCACCUUCUGUGACACCUGCGGAGGAUUUCUGUGGGGUGUCAUCAAACAGGGCUUCCACUGUAAAGACUGCGGGGUCAACUGUCACAGACACUGCCAGGACCUGUGCGGGAUGCAGUGCGUGAAGACGGACAGGACGCACGGCGGUUCCUGUCCUUCAACGCCGGCCUCCGCCCUCACCCCCAUCCCAGACCUGCCACGCAAGGCCAACAGCUGGAGUUCGUCUGAGACCACUUUUGUUUUCCCUGGGAGUAAUGUUAACGGGAGUAACAACCGUGUUGGAGGGGACCUGGACCGCUCCACUCAGGGUCACUCAACUCUAUCGGACCGUUCCACUCAGGGUCACUCAACUCUAUCGGACCGUUCCACUCAGGGUCACUCAACUCUAUCGGACCGUUCCACUCAGGGUCACUCAGCUCUAUCGGACCGCUCCAGUCAGGGUCACUCUGCUCUAUCGGACCGCUCCACUCAGACUGACCCAGGGUUUUGGAUGCCCAUGAAAGUUGACAAAAAAAAGGUCCAGCCAAACUCCCAUCCCCAAGUUCUCCCAAUGGAGAAAGAGAAGGGACACGUGGGGAUCCCCCAGAGAACCCGUGGAUCCUCCAUGCCUGUCUCCUUCCUGCAGGAGAAGAUGGAGGAACUCAAUCUGACCCGAGAAAAGAGCAGAGAGCCAGACUGAUCCUGACACAGACACACACAGACAGAUGCACCCAGAAACAUAAAUUACACUGGGUUUUAGUGUGUUCUGUAUUUGAGACAAUAUGUCAAAAAGCAACAGCAACACCUACAAACUACUUCCCGAAACAUUUCAAAGUUUUGGAGUUGUUUAAAAUAUAUAUAUUUUCCUUCUGUUACCUCCAUGGUAUGUUUUGUUCCUAAAUCGGGGUGGAAUAUUCAGUUAUAUGAUCGAUGAGGUACUCUCGGCUCACAACUUUGGAACACUCUGGAACGCUCUCUGGUGCUAACUUCUUUUCUCCAAUAAAACAAUGCCACCCUUUUCCAUAUUUGGUGCAAUAUUCCACAACCCCACAAAUGCCUUAUUGUCACUAUAAACCAGUUACCAGAAAAAUCUGUCCUGUUAAGUGUUGUGAUGUGAUACCUGCGGUAUACGAUUCCAUAUGCCACGCCUAUCAACCAAUCAGCAUUCAGGAUUCGAAGCACCCGGUUUAUAAUUGGUUAUACCAUCUAUGAGGGAUUCUCAGCUGACAACUUUGGAAUGUCACCCGUCUCCCUAUUACAAUGCACUGAUAUUCAAUCGAGAGUGGUGCACGUUGUAGGAACGAGUUGCCACGGAAACGGACCUCCAACACUGCCUUGGCAGUAGUGAGACAUGAUCUUACUGAUGACUGGACUACGCUCCAGCAGCUCUACCCCUCCGAAAAACAGCCGUGUUCAGAGAAACUGAGCACAUGAGCACGCCGCCUUGAACGAGCUUGGUCUCCCAACGGUGCAGAUUACCGUCAAUGGUUUCCAACUCCGUGCUGUGAUUUCAGAAGCGUUGUGGUAAUGACUUUUGGUCUCCUGUCUGCUAACCUGUGUUAAUAUAACCCUGUGAUGUGGGUCCGCUGUGGAGAGAAUGCCUGAGGUGGGAUUUCAGGUCAAUGAUGUGUAUUCACAGUGUAGUCGCCGGGACCUUUUUGUGUUCUACCUGUUGUGUUCUUCUUGACAUGUUUACAAACUAACAUGUUUAAAUCUCACAGGUUGGUGUGAUACCCAUUAGACCCAAUGAAGUGUUACUAUGAAUGAUUUAUAGGGUUAAGAGCACCAUUUGUGAGGGGUAGCCUUGAUUUCCAUCCGACAUGACCUCUAAGUGGAUAUCCGGGGUGAAUUUGAUUAUUAAAGUUUCUGCUUGGUGGUUUAAUUAAAUGACUGAUUUGUGUGACCUUAGACAUAGGGGUGCAUUCAUUCUGCCAAAUCUGUCCAAAAACGUUCAAUUUGCUGUUAAGAAACGUUUUCCAAAAAACGGAAGCAAGCGUAACGAAAUGAAAUGUCAUUGUCCACUUAGUCUAGUUUUCAUGGGAAAAUGUUUUGUUUGUAACUUAUUUGGCAGAAGAAAUACACAGCUGGAUUCAUUCAGUUGGCUGUUCAAGUUGUAAUUUUGAUUUAUAAACAAUGCAUUAACUUCUUA